GCUUUCCUCCAACGUUCCCGACAAAAGCACACGUUCUCCAUAAGUAUUUGUUUGAAGAAAAACGAACUUUGCUCCUUAAACAUUACAUCUAAAAAUGGGGCUGACUUGCACAAACUUACACUCCAAGAAAGUUGACGCUUCCGAUCUGCUACGAAGGAUCUGAUUGGUUGAGAAUCGCUUAAGCAAAGACAAAGGCGUAAAGUGACAGUAGCCGAAAAAUCACGAUUGUUUAGACGAGCAAAACAUGCUUUGCACGGCUACCAAGGCCGAUAAAAACCAAAGUGUAUGAGAAGCAGCCUUCGCUGGAUCUAUGUUCUGUAACAAAUUAGAGGGAUGGGUAGAAAUUCUAGAGAAAGAUCAAGAAACCUGGUCACCGAAGUUCUGCGUUGUUGAUCAAGCAAGAAAUGCUAUUCAGCUGUUUCAAGAUGAGCAGCGCUACUUUGAAUAUGUCGAUGCCUUCUUUAUAAAAACUGAGUUUGUAAGGCCAAAGGAGACAUGGGAAUCCAAACAGCAAGAAGCAGCAAAGACAAAGCGGCGCAGCCAGAGUCUCAUCCCAGGUGGCUCAAGUCCUUUGCUAGGACACAGGUUAAUGGGUUUCUCGCGAAAGCUGGCAGCGGGUCUACGACAGUACCGGACCCGAAGUGUGUCGUCAUUUGACGAUGGUGAUGACGAGCUUCAGGGGAGGUCCUUGUCACAUGGUCACUUGCUCAUUUCACGAUCACAGGAAUCACUUUUCCAGAACAGAUCAACCGACAAUCCCCAGCACACUGAGACAAUGGAGUCGCUGGACAUGUCGGUGUCGGGCAAGGUGAGCGUGCGGCCCAUCCAUCCCAGCAUCCUUCACCGGCAGCACUGCUUCCAAGUGACGUCACCGACCGAGGUCAAGUACUUCUCGUGUCGUAGUGCGCAGGAGCUCAAUAAAUGGGUGAACAGCAUCAAGAAGUCUAUUCAGCCCGCGCGCGACCAGCAGAAUCGAAUGGAUAUAUCCCUCAGCGUAUGGGUGUGCGAGGCCAAGGGUGCAAUGACCACGCCCAAAAAGAGGUACUUUUGCGAGCUUCUCCUAGACAAGAUGCUUUACGCAAGAACGACUUCCAAGACCAAGGUCGAUACACUGUUCUGGGGAGAGAACUUUUCGUUCAAUGACUUGCUUGACCUGUCCACCAUCACGGUGAACAUCUACAAAGAUCUCGAGGCAAAGAACAAGAAAGAGAAACGCAAGCUUGUAGGCACUGUCAAUAUCCCGGUCAGAGACCUGGACUCUAGUCAAGAGGUGGAGAAGUGGUUUCCGGUUGACAUGACAACGAAAGGCAAUGCGGACAGUGGGAGCAUAAGGCUGAAGAUCAAGUAUCAGAAAAUCCAUAUUUUACCGCUAACCACAUAUAACGAAAUGCUGUCGUACCUAAGCAACAACUACAUGCACUUGUGUGGAACCCUGGAGUCGGCCGUCAGCUCCAAAGUUAAGGACGAGAUCGCUGGUGUGAUUCUCAGGGUGCUGCAGCCUGUCGGCAAAGCGCAAGAAUUCCUUGUUGACAUCGUCAUGGAUGAGGUCAAUAGACUCGGAUCAGCGGAUGAGAAUCUCGUUUUUCGCGGUAAUUCCUUCGCAACUAAAGCCAUGGACACUUACAUGAAGAUGGUUGGCGAGUCGUAUCUCCAGGAGACACUUGGUGACUUUGUGCAAUCCGUGUACGCGAUGAGCGAAGACUGUGAGGUCGACCCUGCUAAGUCUGUGAAUGGAAGCAUUCAGAGUAAUCAAGAGAAUCUAAAGGCUUUUGCUGAGAAAGCAUGGAACCACAUCUUGUGCUCAUCCUGUAUCUUUCCCUGUGACUUGCAAGACACUUUUCACGAGUUCCGUCAGAGAAGUAUCAACGGUAGUAGAGACCUCAGCAAUAAAUUAAUCAGUGCGUCCAUCUUCCUACGGUUUCUAUGCCCUGCCAUCAUGUCUCCAAGCUUGUUCCAUCUUGUCCAGGAAUACCCGAAUGAACGGAUUCUGCGGACGCUGACACUGAUCGCUAAAGUCAUCCAGAAUCUUGCGAACUUCACCAAGUUUGGCGGCAAGGAGGACUACAUGGGUUUCAUGAAUGACUUCGUCCAGAACGAAUUCGACAAAAUGAGGGAGUUUGUCGCCACAAUCUCGUCUCCAUCAGUUGGUCGGGAAAACCGUUUUGAAGGAAGUAUCGAUCACGGAAGGGAACUAGCUCUACUCUACAACAUUCUCAAGGAUCAGUUGGGCAGAUUGAGCAAGGAGUCCCUAGACAAGCUCAGCGAGUUGAACUCUAUCCUAAACUCACUGGAGGGGUCCUACGCCACGGCCGACCACAGCAUACCCAACACUGCGGCAUCACCAUCGAGAAAAUGGGCGUCAUCCUCGGAUCUGAUCAGCGACCAGGAGAAGGAGAAGGUCACUUUGACACCCGUGACGCCCAUGAAGCUCUCGAAAUCACAAACUAAGGAGCUCAGGGACUCACAUACAUCACUUGAUGACUGGAAGAAAAGCGUCAAACGUGGGAACCGAGCGUUGCCGACACCGCAGCACUUGAUCGUGUCUCCUGAGGACAUCCUUGCGUCGUCGCCGUUUGAUUCGGAAUCGCGUCGGUAUUCGUUGCCGGUCAGCCGAGAUCUCGAAGACAUGUCGAAUACAAGUACGGGCACUCUUCGGCGAUAUUCGUAUCUAAAUGCGAUGGAUAGCGCAGAUGAUUUUAUUAAGGAACGUAAUUGGGCAGUCAGCAUGAGUCCACGUCGUGGAAAUGGUGAUUUUAUCCAUGGUUUUGACAGCACAGAAACACAAGAGAGUCGUGUUACCGCACAAAAACAGUUAUCUCAGUCCUACUCGAGCCUCGAUUACGUGCAAAGAGGAAAAACUCCGCAGAGACCGUGGUCAAUGCUCAUUGAAUCCCCCAACGGUUACAACCUACCGGGGAGCCCUAAACACGCGCACACACCCCAAUUGAUAACGGAUUUAUCACGAUCCGCAUCAGGGACAAAUCUCAGUAGGUGCUCGCAAAAAACAUCCUCUCUCGCGAUUGAUGAUUCCCUUACACGAGGCAAUAAAUAUAACAAAAAUGGGGACGAAUCCUCGCCGAAUGUAUCUCCCGUCACGCGUCGAAGAAGCCCGAACCAUUCGCCGAAGAUGCUUCGGACACACCGAGAGGAGACCGAUUCCUUGACACGUGUGAAUCGGACACCGUCGGCGACGAGCAGCAGUUCAAGUGAGAGCAGCGGGAGCUGGCCGACUUCGGGUUUUGGAAGUUUGGACAGGAAGGACGAUGGGUCGACCAUCCGGACAAAGAGACGUCAACAUAAACUACCGGCCACACCUGUAGAGAAGCCGAGACGGGGGUCUGGCUCGACCACAAGUUCAGAAAUAGUCCCACCUCUAGCUGAAGACGAACUCCGUGACGAAAGUCCAAGCGGUACUUUGCGGCAGAAGACACCGGACGAGGUAACAAGAAUGACGAAAAACUUAAAGGCAGAUGAGGAGGAAUUGAGGCGGGAGCUAGCGGAGACAAAGCGUGUCCUGGCUUCCACGCACGAACAACUAAUCCUCCAAGAAUCCACCACCCACAAACUCGUCGCCUCAUUCAAGGAACGCCUGGCAGAAAGCGAACAGAACCUACGGCGCGUGCGGGAAGAGAAGGAGCGCGAAGUCGCCGAGCUGAUGGAAAAACUCGUGAGAGUAGAGAAUGAGCUAGCACGAGAGAGACGAGACAUGCAGGGUGUCACGCAAGCGAAGCAGAGGAUCAUCGACGCCCAGGAGCGCAGAAUACGAACCCUGGACGCGAGUAACGCAAGACUUGUCACGACACUCAACAAGAUGAAGGUGCAGCAUGACAAAGACAAAAGUAACCAUAUUGAUAACGAGACUAUUGACCACGUUUGAUGUUCAAACAUCUUUGUCACGCAAUACCUUGUUUGAUAAGGGACAUCACAAGAGUAACGCUAGACUUGUCUAGACACUCAACAAGAUGAAGGUGCAGCGUGACAAAGACAAGAGUAACCAAAUUGAUAAUGAGACUAUCGACCACGUUUGAUGUUCAAACAUCUUUUUCACGCAAUACCUUGUUUGAUAAGGGAUAUCACAAGAGUAACGCAAGACUUUUCACGACACUAAACAAGAUGAAGGCGCAGAGUGACAAAGACAAGAACGACUACUUUUUCUCCUGUUUUUUUAGAUAAGGUCUCAUACAUUUACUGUAGUUUUGGCUGCUAGAAGGGGGACCCCUAGGCCACCCCCCUGGCUACGCCCCUGUAUUUGCUACAAUGCCGCGCGAUCUGGAAACGGGCAUGUUUAGAUUUACAAAUUUACAUACCUAUACCUAUACUAUUUUACAUUUUCAUAUUUUUUUGCCAUGCGUGAUCGAGCGGGUAGGAGAUGGGCAAUAUCUAUUGGUAUUAGCAGGUCUAGUACAAAAAGAUGCUUUGAUCUCAAGAUUUCACACUCAUGACGCGCAACAAAAAGCUUGAUGAGAAAAUAGUAAAUAUUGUGAUAAGGGAGAAAUAAAGGUUUUAGUUCUCUUUUUAAAGCAUAUCAAGGCCAGCUUUCUACGUUUGUCAGCGCUUGAGAGCCGUUAUUCUGGCAUCAUCCUAGUAAUGAGCUAUUGACGAGCUAUACUUGUUAUGUGUCAUGUAUCAGCUAACGUGACAGUACACGUGCGACAUCUUUGUGUCACGCUAAACCUUUGUGUGUUACGCAUUGCGUGACUCGGCCAGCUAUAUAAGGCCAUUCUCGUCCCCAGAGCCUCCUCUGCUUUCUCUUAUUUGUCGGAGUCAGCAUGACCGAGGGGCUCUGGGAACGAGAAUGUCUUUACGAUAGGUAAUUCGUUGGUAAAGAUAUAGUUAAUGUAAAGAUAAGAGAAUAUUAUAGUAGAGCUUAGAGAUAACAAAUUAAAAAUAAUUUGUAUGAAAAGUAA